UUCUCUGCCUCCAGGAAGUCUCUCGGCUGUAGAGAAUCUAAACGUUAGCAGAAUGUUGGAGCAUUUCAUUCUCUGGCUUAUUAUAUGUUUUAUAAUUUACCUUUUUUAUAAGGGUAAAAAUAAGAAUUAUCAGCAAAUGAAUGUAUCUCAGAUGAAUUCUCAGCAACGCAGAGAGUUCAUGACUAGUUUCAGUCUCAGUAACUGUAAACGUGGGAAUCAGGGCUAUAAACGAGUCCUCCUGCAGCUGUUCGGUUUGCUGGGUAACGGCAAGUCCUCCUUCAUCAACUCCUGUAAGUUUGUUCUAGACGGGGUUUAUAGACAACAUGCCGAGGCACGUGCGACAGAUGGUGGCUGUACCACGAGGAGAGUGCCUUAUAAGCUCACCGAUGCCAUAACGAUGGUCGAUAACCGCGGCUGUCCAACGCUCAGCAAAUGCGAGUCAGGAGAGAUUCUUGCUCAACUCGGUAAUUUAUUACCCCUGAACGAGGAGGUAGAAUGGUGUGAAGAUUUUGCAAAGAAUAUUGACCGACUGAUGGACGAAAGUAUAAACCCCAAUUAUACCGAUUUUAUUUUUCCAAUCUACGUGCACAGUGUAAAGAAUAUGAUUCCCAAACAGGAGAUUGAAAUGUAUAAAGAAUUACUGAACACGGCGAGAGUACUGACAGGGAUCAGCCCCAUUAUCGUCCUGACACAUAAAUCCUACGGUGGUCUGACCGCACUGCGCACAACCUUCCAAGACAUGGGAUUCGAUAAGAUCUACGCCAUUGAAAAUUACACAGAAAACGAUCAUCAGAGAAUUCUAGGAAAACAUGAAGAAAUUCAGGAACUUCUCUGUCAAGUUCUAAAGAACGUUGAUUUCUGUAUGGAAAAGGAGAGGAAUCGGGAACAUGAAAGGGGCGAAAGGAUGAAAUGUGUUAUUAAAUACAUAAAGGAUGCUGACGAUGAGAAGAAAAAGAGAGAAUAUGAAGAGGAAAUGGAGAGAUUAAGUAAUUCACGUCCACAUCUGAGUUACAGAAAGUUUCAAGUUGCAGAUGGACAUGAAGGAUCGAAUCUUCAGGGAAAAGUAGUGGGAGAAGAAUCAACAUGCACGAUAAUGUAA